UUGAAAACCCUAUGGAGCACAGUUCUACUCUAAUACACAUGGUUGUCAUGAGUUGGAAUCUACUUGAAGGCAACUGGUUUUUGGACUGGUACCCUUGCAAAUGACUAUUACUAGCUAUUUUGUUUGUUUAAUCUAUGUUCAGAAAGCCUAAGGAUACAAAUGUUGAUUUUUUUUUUCUUUUUGGUGCAGACAAUGUAAACACAUCAAAGUCCGUUUUUACACUUUGACUUAAUACCAUAUUAUGGAAGUCUGCCAGUGUUCAUUUGCUAUCCUGUCAUGGAGCAAAAUAAUGUAGAAGUCAGAAAUCUGAGUUUUGAGAUUUACCCCACUGGAUGCAUCAUUAAUUUAAAUGGUGUACAUUUUUUUGUAGCACAUGAUUUGGAAGUUGCACUUUGUGACAUGGAUGAAUCUGCACUGACCCUUGGCACUGUAGAUGUUUCUUACCUGCCAAAUUCAGCAGAAUAUAGUGUUGGUCGAUGUAAGCAUGCAAGUGAGGAAUGGGGUGAGUAUAGUUUCAGACCUACCGUCUUCAGAUCUGCAACUUUAAAAUGGAAAGAAAGCCUAAUGGGCCGGAAAAGGCCUUUUGUCGGCCGAUGUUGUUAUUCCUGCACCCCCCAGAGCUGGGAGAAAUUUUUCAACCCCAGUAUCCCAUCAUUGGGUUUGCGGAAUGUUAUUUAUAUCAAUGAAACUCACACGAGGCACCGAGGAUGGCUUGCAAGACGUCUUUCUUAUGUGCUUUUUGUUCAAGAGCGAGAUGUCCAUAAGGGCAUGUUUGCCACCAACGUGAGUGAAAAUGUCUUGAACAGCAGCAGAGUACAAGAGGCAAUUGCAGAAGUGGCUGCUGAGUUAAAUCCCGAUGGUUCUGCUCAGCAGCAAUCAAAAGCCGUUAGUAAAGUGAGAAAGAAAGCCAAAAGGAUCCUUCAAGAAAUGGUUGCCACCGUCUCCCCAGCAAUGAUCAGACUGACUGGGUGGGUGCUGCUAAAACUGUUCAACAGCUUCUUUUGGAACAUUCAAAUCCACAAGGGUCAACUUGAGAUGGUGAAAGCUGCAACUGAGAUGAAUUUGCCGCUUAUAUUUCUACCAGUUCAUAGAUCCCAUAUUGACUAUCUCCUGCUCACUUUCGUUCUUUUCUGCCAUAACAUCAAAGCACCAUACAUUGCUUCAGGCAAUAAUCUCAACAUUCCUAUCUUCAGUACCUUGAUCCAUAAGCUUGGGGGCUUUUUCAUCCGACGGAAGCUAGAUGAAACACCAGAUGGACGGAAAGAUGUUCUCUAUAGAGCUUUGCUUCAUGGGCAUAUAGUUGAACUACUUCGACAGCAGCAAUUCUUGGAGAUUUUCCUGGAAGGCACACGCUCUAGGAGUGGAAAAACCUCCUGUGCUCGGGCAGGCCUUUUGUCAGUUGUGGUAGAUACUCUGUCUACCAAUACCAUUCCAGACAUCUUGAUAAUACCUGUUGGGAUCUCCUAUGAUCGUAUUAUUGAAGGUCACUACAAUGGCGAACAACUGGGCAAACCUAAGAAGAAUGAGAGCCUUUGGAGUGUAGCAAGAGGUGUUAUUAGAAUGUUACGAAAAAACUAUGGCUGUGUCAGAGUGGAUUUUGCACAGCCAUUUUCCUUAAAGGAAUAUUUGGAAAGCCAAAGUCAGAAACCCGUGUCUGCUCCACUUUCUUUGGAGCAAGCAUUGUUACCAGCUAUACUUCCUUCAAGACCAAAUGAUGCUGCUGAUGAAGGAACAGACACUUCCAUUAAUGAUUCCAGAAAUGCAACAGAUGAAUCAUUUCGAAGAAGGUUGAUUGCAAAUCUGGCUGAGCACAUUCUAUUUACUGCUAGCAAAUCCUGUGCCAUUAUGUCAACACACAUCGUAGCCUGCCUGCUUCUCUAUAGACACCGGCAGGGGAUUGAUCUGUCCACAUUGGUGGAAGACUUCUUUGUGAUGAAGGAGGAAGUCCUGGCACGUGAUUUUGACCUGGGAUUCUCAGGAAAUUCGGAAGAUGUGGUCAUGCAUGCCACUCAGCUGCUGGGGAAUUGUGUCACAAUCACCCAUACCAGCAGGAAUGACGAGUUCUUCAUUACCCCGAGCAUAACUAUUCCAUCCGUCUUUGAACUCAACUUCUACAGCAACGGGGUUCUCCAUGUCUUCAUCAUGGAAGCCAUCAUGGCCUGCAGCCUGUACUCAGUUCUGAACAAGAGGUGCUUGGGAGGGCCUGCCGGUGCCCCUCCCGGCCUGAUUAGCCAGGAGCAGCUGGUGCGGAAGGCUGCCAGCUUGUGCUAUCUGCUCUCUAACGAAGGCACCAUGUCACUCCCCUGCCAGACAUUUUACCAAGUUUGCCACGAAACAGUAGGAAGGUUUAUCCAGUAUGGCAUUCUUAUAGUGGCGGAGCAAGACGAUCAGGAAGACAUUAGUCCUGGUCUUGCUGAGCAGCAGUGGGACAAGAAACUUCCUGAACCUUUAUCUUGGAGAAGUGAUGAAGAAGAUGAAGACAGUGAUUUCGGUGAAGAACAGCGAGAUUGCUAUCUGAAGGUGAGCCAAUCCAAGGAACAUCAGCAGUUCGUCACCUUCUUACAGAGACUCCUUGGGCCUUUGCUGGAGGCCUAUAGCUCUGCUGCCAUCUUUGUUCACAACUUCAGUGGCCCUGUUCCAGAGCCUGAAUAUCUGCAGAAGUUGCACAAAUACCUAAUAACCAGAACAGAAAGAAAUGUUGCGGUGUAUGCUGAGAGUGCCACGUAUUGUCUUGUGAAGAAUGCUGUGAAAAUGUUUAAGGAUAUUGGGGUUUUCAAAGAAACCAAACAAAAGAGAGUGUCUGUUUUAGAACUAAGCAGCACGUUUCUACCUCAGUCCAACCGGCAAAAACUCCUAGAAUAUAUUCUGAGUUUUGUGGUGCUGUAGGUAACUCCUGGCACCCCUACAAGUGAAGGGCACGGGACGAGUACCUCGUAGGCUCCAGCCUCUGACUCGAGAGUAGAAGGUGCCGACUGUGGUCAGGCCUGGCCUGACCUGAUGUGACCUCCUGGAAGACAAGUGCCUUCUCCCCUCCGUGGAUCUGUGAUCGUCCCGACUCCAAGAUGACACAGCAGCCUACAGAUAAGACUUUGGGGGGCCCCAGCCUCCGUUUGCUAAUUAUAAUCAGUAGAUUACAAAAUGAAAUCUUGAUAAAUUAUUUUAGAGUUUAUUAAAGAUUUACAUUUUAAGUACCACUUUUAAGGACUAAUUA